CACUAGUCUUCACCGUUUGUUUCAUAAAGAAAAAGAGUGUUAUCUCAAAAAUCUUCAUACUUAAAUAAACAUAUCGCCUUAAACUAAAACAGAAUCGCCAUGGGCCGUCUAAUUCUAGAGCACACAUUGCAGGGACACAAAGGACGCAUCUGGGGCGUCGCGUGGCAUCCCAAGGGCAACAGUUUCGCCUCGUGCGGCGAAGAUAAGGCGAUCAGAGUUUGGUCACUGUCUGGCAAUACAUGGAGCACCAAGACCAUAUUAUCGGAUGGACACAAGCGCACAAUACGCGAAGUACAGUGGUCGCCGUGCGGUGAGUACUUGGCAUCCGCCAGUUUCGAUGCAACUACGGCCAUUUGGUCCAAGCACGAGUGCAAUGCAACUUUGGAGGGACAUGAGAACGAGGUGAAGAGUGUGAGCUGGUCCCGCAGCGGAGGACUGUUGGCCACAUGCUCCCGCGACAAGUCCGUGUGGAUAUGGGAAGUUGCUGGCGAUGAUGAGUUCGAAUGCGCCGCCGUACUGAAUGCACACAGCCAGGAUGUGAAGCGUGUGGUGUGGCAUCCGAAACUGGAGAUCCUGGCAUCUGCAUCGUAUGACAACACCAUCAAAAUGUUUGCCGAAAGCGCCUUGGACAGUGACUGGGAUUGUACGGCCACGCUAAGCUCCCACACGAGCACAGUUUGGAGCAUUGACUUUGAUGCGGAUGGUGAUCGAUUGGUUUCCUGCAGCGAUGAUGCCACUCUGAAGAUCUGGCGCGCCUAUCAUCCGGGCAAUGAUGCUGGCAUCGCCACGCCGGACAAGACAACUGUCUGGAAGUGCGUGUGCACCUUGUCAGGUCAACACUCGCGUGCCAUCUAUGAUGUGUCCUGGUGCAAGUUGACGGGUCUCAUUGCCAGCGCCUGUGGCGAUGAUGGAAUUCGGAUUUUUAAAGAGACCAGCGAUUCCAAACGGGAUGAGCCCACAUUUGAGAUGCUAACGGCCGAGGAAAGUGCACACGAACAGGAUGUGAAUGCCGUGGAAUGGAAUCCCGUCACAGCCGGACAAUUGAUCUCCUGCAGCGACGAUGGCACCAUCAAAAUAUGGAAACUCAUUGAGUAACUGAGAGAUGUGCGUGUUGGUUAUAUGUACAUAUAUGUUUAGGUAUAUUGGAUUGUAAUAAAUAACUGUUACAGUA